GGCCAUGAAGUCCCUCUAAUAUUCAAAUGUCAUUUGUUAGAGGACCUCCUAGCACAUCAUGUGGGUUAAUGACACAAAUAUUGUGUUUUUUUUUUUAAUUUACCAUCAAUAUGACGGAUUAAAAAGUAUUGACAAGUAUAUUGUGUUUUGGAGAAAAAGUUAGGCGAGACCACCUGAGACUGAGGUGUCAUCACCUGAGACUCAGGUGAAUAGGUGGGAAGAAAGUCCCAGGUGGUGGCACCAUCUAAGACUGAGGUGGCACCGCGAAGAACAAUCCUAAUUCUAACCAUGAACCCUAAACCCUAAACCAGUGAAUUUCGUAUCAGUUAUUCACACCACAAAUGGCUAAUAGGCAAGAGACAAUUUAUUUUUUAAUUAUAUUAUUCAAAUACUAUUACAUUUGAAAAACCGUCAACUGAAAACUACCACCACCAACGAAUUUGACGCCCAAAUUAUCCUCUACUUUCUCCGAUUUCCACCGAACGACUAGUUCAAAUCUUCUAAAAUCACUACAGAAAAACUCACUAAUUAAACUAAACACAAUCAUAAUAGCAUUUGAAUAAUAUAAUUAAAAAAUAAAUAUGUCUCUUACCUAUUAGCCAUUUGUUGUGCGAAUAACUGAUACGAAAUUCGCUGGUUUAGGGUUAGAAUUAUGAUUGUUCUUCGCGGUGCCACCUCAGUCUUAGGUGGUGCCACCUCAGUCUCAGGUGCCACCACCUGGGACUUUCUUCCCACCUAUUCACCUGAGUCUCAGGUGAUGACACCUCAGUCUCAGGUGGUCUCGCCUAACUUUUUCUCCAAAACACAAUAUACUUGUCAAUACUUUUUAAUCAGCCAUAUUAGUGAUAAAUUAAAAAAAUCACACAAUAUUUGUGUCAUUCCACCCACAUCAUGUUGACCACCUGUGGACAUUAUUAUUAUUAUCUAUUAUUAGUACUAUCGAGAAGAUUCAUGCUUGAUCGAGUUAUCGGAGGCAUCCGUUAUUUUCUAGAGUAUAGAACCCUUGAUCAAGUGGUUUUGUAUUUGAAUUCUAAUAUUAUACAAGAGGUUUUAUAUUUUGUCUAACAAUAUAAUUUUAAACAAAAUACUUAUGCAUGUGUAUAACCGAGGAGAGGGUCGAGUCAGAUAGUGAGCAAAUCAUAUCCUCUCGUUGCUCGUAAUAUUCCCGUUCGGACUUUACCCUAUACCCAUUAAAAAAGUUUCGAGUUCGAAUUUUACCCAACCGCGAUGGUAUCCACAUCUAUGUUAUUUUUGCCACCCUGCCCCACCAUAGUUGACAUCGAACAAUAAUGUUACUGAAUAAUAGUCACUCACACGACACCACCUUAAUCAGAAUUUUUUUGGAAUUUAUAUAUACCACUUCCAUAUUCUGGUAUCUAUAUAUGCAGAUGGAUAUAGUACUCUGUCCUGCAACAUUCAAUCCUUCUUUCUUCUCUGAAGUUCGAACCGCUCGCUUUCAUGGGUUUGUCGGACAUUCAUAAGAGUCGGGCUAGCCUCGGAUCGUCGAAACACAAUGUCAUUCUCUCUGUUCUUGUGCUACUGUUAAUGAACAGUAGCACAUCAGCCGGCGACGUUCCCGCCGUGUUCACUCUUGGAGAUUCGUUCGUUGAUACAGGGAACAACAACUACGUCGUCACCAUUGCCAAGAGCAACUUCCCGCCUUACGGGAGAGACUUUCCCGGCGAGACGCCCACCGGAAGGUUCGGCAAUGGAAGACUCAUCCCUGAUUUUCUAGCUAAAACGUUGGGUGUGAAGAACCUGUUGCCACCUUAUAAGGAUCCGACCCUGAAGUCGGAAGAUCUCCUCACUGGUGUCUCAUUUGGUUCCGCUGGUGCUGGUUACGACGCUCUCACCUCAGGACAAAUAGGAUCGAUAACAAUAGAGGAUCAGCUGGAGAUGUACAGAGAAUACAAGAGCAAGAUCAACGCAAGCGCGGGGAAAGAAAUAGCAGACAAGAUCAUUUCCACGAGUCCCCACUUCAUCCUGCUAGGGACCAACGACAUUUCCAACACAAUCAGGAGAGCUCAAUACGACUCCAAUACGUACACCGACAUACUCGUCGAGUUAGCUCUGGAUGUAGUCAAGAAACUCUACGGGCUCGGCGCGAGGAGAAUCGGGGUGGUGGGUGCGGCUCCAAUAGGUUGCGUCCCGCUCCAGAGGAUACUUGGUGGUGGGUUACUCGAGCGGCACUGCAACGAGGAGCUGAACGAAGCUGCUAAGCUCUUCAACUCCAAGCUCGCUCCGGCGAUUUCAACACUGAAUCAACAGCUUCCAGGAGCGAGGAUCGUCUACUUCGACAUCUUCACCCCUGCGCUUUCCCUCAUACAAAACCCAGCUCCGUAUGGGAUCGUGGAGGUGACGAGAGGAUGCUGUGGCACGGGAACCAUUGAGCUUGGGAUACUCUGUGUUGUUCCAGGUACCUGCCCUGAUGCGACCAAGUAUCUCUUCUGGGAUAGUGUUCAUCCAGGGGAGAAAGCUUCACGAAUCAUAAGUGAUGGAACCUUUGAUUCUGCAAGUUUAAGCACACUGUUGGGUUGAUCUUAAAAGUGUAGAAGCAGUUGAGACUCGAGAGGGACAAGUUGAUGAUUUAGCCGUUGUUGUUGAUGUGAAUUUGAUGAGUAAUGAUCGAUUAAUGCAAUCGUGUGGUACAUAAUCGGACGAAUUCGUGUUCGAGUGUAUAAUGAUGGAUUUGUUAUUUCUAUAUCAAUGUAAAUUGUAUUGUGGAUUUUACAUGAUAGGAUGAGAUUGGACGUGAUGGUGAUAAAUUAAAUAAUAAUCGAUUAUGCAUAUGAAAUUGAGUUUGUUUUAAACAUAUAUACAACAAUAUCGAUCAAUGGUGGUUGAUGUGUAAAAAUUAGAGUUUGCUAUGGUUGAGCAUAGAUUUUAAUUUGUGAAACUGGAAGAACAUGCAAAAUGAUAAAAGACAUCACAAUUUUUAGAAAGUUCGACUCCAAGUCGCGUUGCAUUGGACUUUGGUUAAGUUCCAUUUAACUUGUUGGUUUACACAACAUGUGUUGAUACGACUAACUUAAUUGGACGGAGUGACUGAUGUAAUAAUCAUUUUGUUUGAUAAACUUGAAUAUAUGUGACGGUAACUUUAAGAGGUUGCCGGAAUGGUAAUGUGGGAUGAUGAAAUCCACCACAACCUCAAUUCGAAUCUUGAGACUAACAACCUACAAAAAAUAAUAUAUGACUGUUUUGUUAGCGAUACAUAAUUAAGUGAUCAAACGGUAAAUGUGUAAAGAAAAUAGAGGACACUAAUAAAGCUCCCUCGUAUGCUCAAUUAUUCCUAACUCUAAGUCCUAUCCUACAAUCUCGGUGGUUGAUUUCCUGCCACCUUACAAUACAUCCCUUAUGUUCUUCCAAUUUAAAUAACCUUGCCCCGUUUCUCAAGGGUCAAGAUACAUGAUAUAACUAAUUCGUUUUAUUUCUACUUCUUUGUUUUACCCUCUCUCAUUAUUUAGGGUUGGGUCAGUGGAUCGAUUCUUAUCAACAGAUUGAUUUUUAUCGAUUACAUUUUGGUAUUCAAAAAUAUUUUUCUUACAAUUUAGUAUCUAAAAUUUCUUUUUACAUAUAAGUCUUUAAAUUUUGAUGGUAAAUUUACGUUAUGGUACCCAGAUUUAUUUUUUAACAUUUUUUGUCAUAGAUAUUAUUUUUUACCACUUAGUACCUAAACUCAUAAAAUUUUACAAAAAAAUCUAAUGUGCAGUCAUGUGAAAUUUCAUAUCACUAGUUGUUGUUAAAUGUCACAGGGUCAAAAAGUGAUCCGACCCUACCCGACCCUUACAGGGUAAAAAAAAUGACUCGACCCUACACUGACACUGUAGACAAACUGAUCCAACCUAACUCUCUGGGUCGGGACGGAUCAAGGCGGAUUAAUGAGUUUUUGGAUAAGGGUUUGAUCAUCUGUAAUUUAUAUCCUCCUAAAAUAAAAUAAAACAAUAUAUUGUAGGGUUUGAUCAUCUGUAAUUUAUUGUUCCGGGUAGUUGCCCUGACGCCAGCAAGUACCUGUUCUGGGACGGUGUCCAUCCCAGCGAGAAAGCUACCGGAAUCCUUACCGGCCAGACCUUCGAUCCGGCGAGUUUAAGCACAUUGUUGGGUUGAUUUUAACUAGCAGCUGAGAUGGAUAAGUCGAUGAUUUACACGUUGUUGUUGGCAUGGAUUUGAUGAGUAAUGAUUGAUUAAUAAAUCAUUUUGAGGUUGUAAUUGUACUGUAUCUAAUCGGGCGAGUUCGUGUUGGUGUUGGAGUGUGUAAUGAUUUAUUUGUUGUAUGUUUAUGAAUAUAUGUAUAGAUACUAUGUAAUAGGAUGAGAUUGGAUGGGAGGGUGAUAAGUUCAUUGAUCAUGCAUAUGAAAUUGGGCUUAUUUUAGAUAGAUAUCCAAUAAUGUUUGAGUGGGAAUGAAUGCGUGUGAAUGAU